AUGUCGUCGCGAGCGGGCUCGUCAUUGUCGCCAUUGGUUCUCGGGGCCAAAUUGUGCGAUGCUUACGCUGGUAAGGCAUCGCGGUCUCGGCCGGCCGCAAAGAUUGCUUGCGCCUUUUCAACAACGCCCCUCCAGUCCAGAAGGACCAAGGACCAGCAUGAGAUGCACGACUGGCUCAGGUUUGGCAAGGGUUCCCAAUUCCGGGAUGCUCCUAGGCAGGGCCCAAUGUACUUGACCUUGAACGAGGAUCAGCCGUUCCCGAUGAACCCGUUCUUCAGGAGUCAACCCGUGCUGAGCGAAGAGUUGAGGGAAGAAGUCUUCACAAGGGUCAAAAACAAGAAGGAGUCGCUGAAGCUUGUUUCGGCUGAGCUUGGUAUCGAUGUUCGCCGCGUCGCUGCCGUAGUGCGGAUGAAGGAGAUCGAAAAGCAGUGGGAAGCCGAGUCUGCUGACUUGAGCAUAAUUCCUCAGCGCAAACCAUUUGCUCGACCUUACGCAAAAGCCAUCAUGGCCAUGCUUCCCCAGACUCAUUUGUCGAAGGAUCCGCGAGGCAUUCAGAAGCCUCACGAGCCUGUAAAUGAGAUCCAUGUCCACAAGCUUACGAUGCAACAACUUUUCGUACCCGUGUCAGAGUCUCGACAAUUCAAUAGAGAAGAUGCUGCAAAGGCCUUCCAUAGAAACAUGCUUUCGAUUGACGAACGCUCACCACACAAGGAGCUCAUUAACAUGCGAAAGGCAGCUGCCAAUGGCGGCGACAGAGCAGAGCUGACCAAGAAGUUCCGCGCAGAGACUAGGGCGCAAGAGGACAGGCUGAUUGAGAGAGAGCGCAAGCGCCUGGAAAAGGCCGAAGAGGAGACGACACGUGUUGAUACCGGUCGUUUCGAGUUCAGAUUCAAAGAGAUGAAUGUGGAAAGCGUCGGCAAAGACGGCCGUAGCAGGAGGGGAGUCGGCUGGAGAUACGGCGUCCCCUUCUAUGAUCGUAGGAAGGGCGAGACGAAGAUUCCCACGGUGGUACCUUGA